AGCUCAUCUUCCUAGAAGCUACUCGUUCGUUCCUCAAAACUCACGAACUCAUUUUUUGUAGUUGUUGUUUUCCUUUUCUUGAAACUUUCCUAGUAUUUUCCAAACCAUUAUCAUUCAAUUAAACACUAGACUAAUAUAUAAAAAUGGAUACCAAGGUUAUUUCUUCUGGAAUCCGCCAUUCAAAAUUACCCGAAAGUUACAUCCGACCCGAAUCCGACAGACCUUGUUUCUCCGAAGUCUCCGAGUUCCAGAAUGUUCCUAUCAUCGAUUUGGGUUCUCAGAAUAGAACUCAGAUUGUUCAGCAAAUCGGUGAAGCAUGUAGCUCCUAUGGCUUUUUCCAGGUGAUUAACCACGGGGUGGGUCUAGAAGCAUUGAAAAGAACGACAGAAGUGGCAUAUGAAUUUUUCAACCUGCCAGUUGAGGAGAAAAUGAAAUUGUACUCUGAUGAUCCUUCAAAGACAAUGAGAUUAUCUACUAGUUUUAAUGUGACGAAAGAGGAAGUGCAUAAUUGGAGGGAUUAUCUUAGACUUCAUUGCUAUCCUUUGGAUGAUUAUGUGCCUGAAUGGCCUUCUAAUCCUGUUUCAUUCAAGGAAACAGUGGCAAAUUACUGUAAAGAAGUUAGAGAAUUGGGGUUUAGAAUAGAAGAAUACAUCUCAGAGAGUUUGGGCCUAGAAAAAGAUUACUUAAGGAAUGUUCUAGGGGAACAAGGACAGCACAUGGCAGUGAAUUACUAUCCACCAUGCCCACAACCAGAACUCACCUAUGGAUUGCCAGGGCACACAGACCCAAAUGCUCUCACAAUUCUACUUCAAGACCUUAAUGUUGCUGGCCUUCAGGUUCUUAAAGACGGCAAAUGGCUGGCCGUUAAUCCUCACCCUGAUGCCUUUGUUAUUAACAUAGGUGAUCAGCUUCAGGCUUUAAGUAAUGGACUUUAUAAGAGUGUUUGGCACAGGGCUAUUGUGAAUGCUGAAAAGCCAAGGCUUUCUGUGGCUUCAUUUCUCUGCCCAAGUAACGAGGCAUUAAUAUGUCCUGCAAAGCCACUAACAGAAAAUGGAUUUGGAGCCAUAUACAGAGGAUUUACAUAUCCAGAAUACUAUAGCAAAUUCUGGAGUAGGAACUUGGAUCAAGAACAUUGUUUGGAACUUUUUAAGAACAAGUAACAUUAAAUAUGUAACUGGCACAAAACAAUGGGAAUAAAUAUGAGGGAGAUAUUAAUUUAUCCAAUCCUUAUUAUGAAGUCGCGUAGAUUUUAUUUAAUUGUCAAUGCAUUUGCUUUUUGCAAAUUAAGUAAAUUGUAUUUUGUUGCAUUACUUUAUGUAAGCCUCUAGUCAAAUUCACAAGAA